AUGCCGCCACCCUCCUCGCGGGCCAGUCCGCAGCCCACGCCUCCCCAACCGCGGCCCUCGACCCCUCCCUCGUACCUGUCCGCCUUGCGUCAACUCGAAAGCCCCGUGUCACCCCAGGUCAUCAAUCUGGCCGCCACCCUCACCACCCAGGCCGAGGACGCCGUCGACGAGGACAACGUGAGCUUCCUGCGCCGGCCCGUCGACCCGCAGGAGGAAUGGCGCCAGCAGAACGCCGCCGCCGAGGACGAGUUGUACGAGGAGGUGCGCAGUGCCCGCGAACGCCUGAGGCAGCGGACCGCAGAGCUACAGAACGAGGAUCGCGAGCGCCAGCUGCGCCUGAGCCGUGUGCUCAAUCGCCUCAGCCGCAUGGAAGACGCUGCCUACGGCGACAGGAUCCCGACCCGGAACACUCUGUAUGACUGGUCGCCACCCGACGAGCGCGAUGGCGAGGACGAGGAGACACGGCUGCUCCGAGAGCUGCGUCAGCAGCAACCCAACACACACCCAGAUAUCUUGACAAUAGUAGGAAGGUCGCAACUCGAGGCGCUAAGGGAGGCGAGGAGCAGGUCCAAUCUAUCGCGAUAUAACUCGAACACGGAAGCUCAGCCGUCGGAGUCGUCAUUACGCUCCACCCAGUCACGCAGGUACAUGAGGACGAAUGCAAGAGCGCGGGAAAACAUGCAGCGUUAUGUCGCUGAGCGAGAGGCCGCUUCGAGGAGUUCAGAUCGGCCGCAGAACCCAUUUGUCGCUCCCACGGGUUUUCCAAACGCUCCGGGCAGUCGCUUUCCCUGGCAUCCCCCAGAGCGCUCAACCGAGCGCCAGGACGCGGACGCCCGAGCAAUCUACUCGUACCGGCGAAAUUUCCUGGAGAAUCCUUCCGGCAGCAACACCUCCCAAUCGUCGCCAUGGCUUGAGCAGACGAUCAAAUACCUCUCGAAGAUUCGCUCCUCUGAUUCCUACGACGACAGCUUAUACUACGCCGUGGAUGCCGGAUUCGUCAACAAAGAGUUUUUUGGCAACGAUAACCACAAUGACUUUAUUCUGGACGUCAGCACCCUACCUCGGCCCGCAGAGACGUCCUGGCUCGCACCGGGAGCUGUCUUCUCCGGCUCUCAGCAUGCUACGACCGUGACAUCAAAUGCGCCCUCUUCCAUCCCUACCGCCACGUCCACAACCCUAUACCGCUUCCGCAAUAAUGAAACUCCCAUGACAUCUACUACGUUCGACCCGUCACGGCCUUGGAUGGCCCACAGUCCUACUCCGCCACAUCCCCGCCGCACGCCCGAUGCUCCUUCCCAUCAGACGCAGCAGCAGGAUCGUUGGCCCGUCAAAGUUACCAUCCAUGCUGUCGACUGGGAGAACAUGACACUGUCCGCGACCAUGGAAGCUUACAACGUGCCGUCGCACCCGCCUACUUCCUUCCCUAACAACAUCUUAAACCCCGCCGAACCUGCCAGCACGUCAGCAUCAUCUCCAGAUCCGACAAACUCGUCCCGUCCUCCUCCUCGAACCUCUAGCAUAACAACCUACCUCGAGGGCGAAAUACUGGAUCUGCAUACCCACACGCUUCUAACCGAAUCCUUCAAGUCCUCUCCUUCGACAGAUGCCACGUACUGGCGCAAAUUGCCGCCAUUCGCCCACCUCCGCGACCAGGAGCUCGUGCACAGCCUCGUCAGCCAUGAAUACGUUACGAAGCUAGCGCAAGAAUGGAUAUUGAUGCGAUGGAAAGAACGCUGCUUCGUCAAGUCAGUAGGAGCACGCCGCCGCCCCGGUACUAACCCGUUUCUGAGUCCCGACAGCGACGAAGGGGGUGGCGCAGUUGGCGGCGGCAGCGGCAGCGACAGCAUGGACGAAGACCAUGAAACAACAGAGGACGGCUGCGGCCUGACCAUCAGCGGCUUCUACUACGUGUGCCUGCGGCGCAGCGACGGUGCCGUCGAGGGUCUGUACUACGACCCGCAGAGCAGCCCGUACCAGCACCUACGGCUAAAUCCGGUCGGCGGCGGCAGCUUCCCCGUGUGGAGCUUCCGGUAG